GAUCAGCUAUGUUAUCGUCAGCCCAUUCGAGUUCCCGAGAGAGAGGGAGAAAGGGAGGGAGAGAUGGGGGAGGAGAAGGUGAAAGACCAGGCGCUGCAGAUGAUGGGGAUGUUCCAGGUGCUGCCCAGGCUCGUCGUCUUUGACCGCGAUUACACCCUCUGGCCCUUCGAGUGGUUCGUUCGUUCCUUCCUUCCUUCCCUCUUCUCCUCUUUCGUAACGCCCUUCUUCCUCUCUUUCCUUCUUCUCGUUCUUCUCUUUUCAUCAUUCGCCAUCGUUCCAUCACAAGUGCCUGCGUGAAAUUCUGGACGAAGCCCUCCUUUCAAAGUCGAUUCGUCGUGACCGGACGAGGCGUUCCUGGAUGAAUUGGGUUGGCAGCAAAAUGUGAAAUUUGUGCUCUUGGACGCUCAUCUUGUUAGAGUUUUUGUUUCUGUCGAUGUGCAUUGAUUUUGGAUGAUGGGCAGACGUAAUUUGAUAUCAGCAUCGGUUGUAGCUUGUCAAUUAGUUCAUUUCUUUAUCUUGAUGUUCUCUUCUUUGAAUCUUUUGGUGUUUGAGCUUGAUAUGAUUUUGUGUCAGAACCAUUUGUGUUUUGUAGCUUGUUAAUUCAUUCUGAAACAUCUGGAGGUCGUUGAACUGCACACCCUUCUGGAGCUGGAAUGUCUUAUUUUAUGCUUCUGUUUUCUUUAAUCUUUUUUCGCAUUCAUUGGCACCCUUGAGGCCUAUGGGUGUCUUUUUGAAGGUACAACACAAAGAUUUGGUGAAUCCCGAGUGCUAGGCUGCCCUUUGUUUUUCGCUUGAUUUGAUGCGCCUUUUGCAUCGUGGGUGAAACCUUCUUGACUUGCUCAUUGUGGUUUCUUGUUGAUGACCGCUGAAUGUCGCUCCAAACGCGAAAUGCCUUGUCUUUACCCCCAUGCUAAAAGUAUUCUUUAUGCCCUGAAAGACAAGGGGAUUGAUGUCGCAAUUGCUUCCAGAUUGCCAACUCUGGAUAUAGCCAAGAACUUUCUGGAGAAACUUAGCUUGAAGUCGAUGUUUGUUGCCCAGAGUGUUCUGACUGAGCCUACUAGUGGUAGCACCGGAAUAGGGCUGGCAUUUAUGGCUGCUGCCAAGGGUUAUAAACUUAUAAUUAUCAUGCCUACUUCAAUGAGUCUUGAAACAAGAACCAUUCUCCGUGCUUUUGGAGCUGAUCUGGUCCUCACGGAUCCAGCCAGGGGCAUGAAAGGCGCUGUUAAAAAGGCUGAAGAGAUAGUGGAAAGAAUACCCAAUGCAUACAUGCUUCAUCAAUUUGAGAACCCUGCCAAUCCCAAGAUCCAUUAUGAAAGGACUGGACUGGAGAUCUGGAAAGGUUCAGGAGGCAAAGUUGAUGCCCUCGUUUCUGGGAUAGGAACUGGAGGUACAAUAACAGGAGCAGGAAAAUAUCUCAAGGAGCAAAACCCUAAGAUCAAGCUCUAUGCCGUAGAACCUGCGGAAUGUGCAGUAUUAUCCAGUGGCAAACCUCAUUUGGGUCAUCCAUUUCCUUUUCCUCUCAUGACGGUUCAGCUACUACAUACCCUGGUUCUGCCCAGACAACCUUUUGUUUAGUCACUAGAACUUAUGAAUUUGCUACAUUUGUGUGGGUAAAAAAACAUUUGCUUAAACUUUCUGUGCUUUCAUAUGUUUUGGUGAUGUUAAGCAUGGUUCUAUGAUAAUUUCAUAUACACUACAAAAUGAAUUGCCGAAGGUCCACAUAAAAUACAAGGCAUUGGUGCUGGCUUCAUCCCUGGAGUGCUAGAUGUGAAUUUACUUGAUGAAGUUAUUCAAGUAAGUUUUUAUCCGUACAAGGGGACAAAUUUGUGCUAUUUUCUUUCUGUUUUCUGGUCCUGCCAUCAUGUUCAAUUAUCCUUGUUCCUAAAUUUCAUAGCAUCCAUGCUGUUGCACAAGGGAAAAAGGACUAAACAUGCAAACAGAAAGUCUGUUCUCUUGCUGAUAUCCAUCCUACUACCUGAUAGAUCAUCAUUUGUAUUCAACAAAAUAACAACUCUUCAUUUGCACAUGCUUUUUACGAUUUGCAUACCGUUAGUCAAUGAUCUUUGCGUUGUAAAUGUGGUUCUUAUCAAGUAAUUCACAUUGGUUAUUACAGGAUUCUCUUUCUGACUUUGCAGGUAUCAAGUGAUUUGCUGGUAAAGAGACUUGUCCAUCAUUAGGCAUUGAGACUUCAGAACCCCACCCCAGGAAACGAUGCACACACUGGCUAAUAUCCAUUUUUAACUUAUUUCUUGAAACAUGACAUGUCGCACUUCAGAGUUCUCGGCUGCGUGCUUUUUAAGUGGCUUCUUUGUGAUUUUAUCUUUUUCACUUGCAGGUCAGAAUAUCGUCGGGUGUAGCUGCUGCAGCUGCAAUUAAUAUUGCAAAGAGGCCAGAAAAUUCUGGAAAGCUCAUUGUGGUGAGUAAAGUCCAAUUGCCCGCCAUCUUUCCUACGCAGCCAGUUUUCUUCUU